AUGGCGACAUCAGCGCAGCAAGCUGCACAUUUGAACGCCAGGACAGAGUUCAUCCUUCACUUGUGUUGGGUAGUCAGUGAGGACAGCGAAGACGAGCAACUCUGGAGUGUCAAGGGCGCUGACAAUGCCCAAGCAAUCGUGCGAAUACUAAACGCUUUAGUCGACGUCGUCAGACACUUCAGCACUAAGCCGUCGGCUGCUAGCUCGCCUGGUGGUGGAGGUGGUGCAUCAGCAGCACAAUCACAAGGAAUUAUAGGAGACCUCAUGGUUGGAAUAGGCCAAGACAGUUCAUCAGGUAGUAAUGCCAGUGGUAGUUUUCACCAUGGUAUCACCCCUGGCCACCAUCACCAUCAUCAGGGCAGCUCAGGUGGCGAGGAAAUGGUGGUCGAAGCCGGUGUACGAGCGAUUGGGCGAUUAGGCGAAUUGAAAUUUGAGCCUAAAAUUUUAGGUGUUUUGCGGUCUGCCAUUGCAAAUUCGCCAUCCAAUAUGCAGUCUGUUCGCAUAGCAGCUCUGGAAUCGUUGUCGUCUUUGUUGCUGAAGCAAAGCGACUUACUAUACGUCAGACAGCAAGUAAGCGGUAUAGGAAGUGCGUCAGAUGUUUUGGGGGAGUUAGAGGCAGUGCAUAGCGUAGUUUUGUCGCAGUUAGACGGGAUGUCAUCGCGAAUGCAAGUGGGAGCAGGUCAACAAAGACAUGGGGGUGGAAUAAGCAAUGUUAUGGUCGUUAAUCCCAAAACCGAAAAGCUCCUUCUGUAACCAACAACCUAAAAACCUGGGAUUGGGAUACUUCAGGUGUUAUAAAUGAUCAACGUAAAAAACGUUGACAUCAAUUUCUUGCACAACAUCAAGUUUCAUUCUAUGGACAGUUUCUUUAUGCUGUACAUUCAUUCUGAGUUUCUGUUUCUAAUAGCAGCGCCAGUGCCAGCCUCGCGUCGCGGAAUCCUGGAUCCUCAGGAAGCUCUUCAUCCCGGACUUUACUCAGCUCCGGAUCUGCGAGGGAAGAAUUAGGUUUGCUAUUGCGUCUUAGAGUCAUACUCGCGCCAUUGAGGAUACAACAAGCCUCGAUCAGAAGUAACGAGAGCUUUGAAAUCGAGCUGCAAAGGCAAUAUUUUGAGGCUUUUCAGCGGGUCAUAGAUACGCUGUUCCAACUAGACGUGGGUGAGGGCAAUGCUAUGGCUCCCGGGCCAGCGAAGAUAGGAGAAGGAACGCUUUUGUCUUACUCCACGAUGAUCUUCAAUUUCACUAGCGGUAAAAUGAAUCCAAGUACUAGUGCUGGGUCUUCCUCUCUAUCUCUGCGGUGGUGGGAAACCAAUCCGAACGCUAGUGAACAACAGCAGGUGUCUCUAGCUCCUGCGCCAGGGAGUGGAAAUACGGCUCCACACGUUGUCGACCGAGCAAUAGUGGAGAGAAUGGCACAGUAUUUGUUAGAACAGACUGCUUCAGGAGGAGGUAGCGGCUCCUCAUUCGGUGGAGGAGGUAGUAGCGCACCUGGAGGACAUCAGCAAUCGUCACAAUCAGGGCCGCAAGAUAUCCCCCUCAUCUUCUCAGCCUCGGGUGUGGGUCGUGGCUCCUCAACAUCCUCAGCCUCAGGUGCUUCGUCCUCUUCCCAACAAGACCCCAUAGCCGCACAGAGACAGCAACUGCGGGAACGCUUCCCACCACUGUGCAUUUGCUUUGCUGCCCUCUUCUCAGAUGAACUGUUCAGCGUAGACGACAUCCCGAAAGAGGCCUUUGACCUCCUGUGUUUGGUGUUGUGUAGGUGCUUGCGGCAAGUAUUGCUGUUCUCCUUCUCAGGAGGAGGUGGAAGUGGAACUUCCUCAAGUAGCUCGGCAGCAUUAGUUGCUGGGUCAACAUCAGCGGCUACUAGUGCAGGUGGGAUAUCUUCAGUACUACUAGAUUCAAGCAAUUCCAGCAUGAUGAUCGGAUUGGGAGGUGGAAACUCCAUGACAAACACCAGUGCUGCUGGAGUUGGUAGUAGUGCCAUGAAUCUGAGAUCUUCAGCUGCAGCUGGUGCCGGAGUGCCUGUGCCUCAAGGGCAACAUGGUCAUUCAUCAUUGCUCCUCGACGUCCACACUGUCCAAGCCGUUGAGAUUCUCUGCACUGCUUUGACAAACAGCAGUGCUCGUUUUCCGGUUUGUGAGGUCGCUCUUCCUAUCCUAGUGGACACAGUAAGACGAGUCCGAAUAGAAAAACAGAAUUUCGUAGUACAAGUGUGCAACGCUUUGAACACCCUGAUAGGAACAGCGGCGAAUCGAGGGAGAGAGGAUCAGGACAUAGCAGGAAGGCUAAAGCAGUUGCAGAUGGACCAAAUAAUCUCAGAUUGGAUUCGAUGUUACCCGGAACAUAAGAAGGUAAUAUUUAGCCACUCGUUUUGUGGGAAUAUGAUUUUAGGUGGUUCUAAUUCUAAAUUCACUCGUAUGCUAUUCGUCGCAUGGUUUGAGGCUCAUGUUUGAACAACCACUUCAGAUCCAACGCGAAGCCUUUCUAUCCCUUGGCUUAGUGUGCAAGUCGGCCACAAGCGUGUUGAGUUUGAUGCAGACGCUGAACUUUUCCUUUCAUUCUUCUUUUGGCGCUUGUGCGGCUCUCAGUGACAUGUCACGCUGUGGCUACACCUACUCGGCGACAGAAGCAAAUCAAGCGCUGGCGGCGGUAUUUCGUUUUUUUUUCACUGCUUUCAUUCUUACUUUUGUCAGGAUUAUCUUUACAACGUGGUGUUUGUUUUUUUAUUCUUGUUCUACAGGUUUUUUCACGAAAAACGAGCGGGCGGCUCAGCUACAACACGAUGAAGAAGGACUGGAUCAGUCAAUCAUUUACAUCUGGGUCACAACUUCAUACUAUAUAUUCUUGACGAGCUACUUGUAGUUCUUGUUGUUCUGCUACACAUUACUUGCCUCAAUCGCCACGACCACCCUAUCCCUAACUGACUUGAGGCAUUUUUAUCACCUGCGCAUCAAAACCUGAAACCAGAUCCAAUCAGCCUUGCAGCUGCACUCCAGCCGCUCCAGAUCCGACAAUUGUCUAGAAGCGGAAGCUGAAAUUUGUUUAGGCCUCAUUGCUUCCAAAGCGCAGAGACGGACCUUUCUCUUCCCGAAAGAUUCAGCCCAUUAUGUGGAGACGGCGACGCCGCAAGGAAGCCCUGCGAGUGGGAGUAUGAUGAACAUGAACAACGUCAACGGGGAUACGUUUUUUCAGACGGCGAUGCAGAAGAGUGGAGCGAUGUUCGCCAGUUCUUAUAGUAGUUCUCCGUUUCAGACCUUCCAACAGCAACACCCCAUUUCCUCUCCAGUUGGCAGUCAACAAGCCAGUCUUCCUCCAAGUAGCCCAUUCGCCAGCCCAACUGCAGGUGGGGCACAGCAGCCGAUAGGUUUUAGCCUAAUGCCCACAACGUCUUUUGGUGGAGUCCCACUACCCGGGAUGUCUCCUGUUGGGUCCCCAACUGCUAGUAGUAACCCUAAUCCUUUUGCAUUGUAACUAGAUGAAGUCUGAUUGUAUUUGUAAGUAGAAGUUGUUUGAUUGCUGAAGCAGAAGCAGAUGUUGAUGUAGAAAACAAGAAAGAGUAUUAUAUUAAGUGUACUAACUGAGGAGAUAGAAGAAGCACUAGGUCUAGGUUGAUGAAGAGCUUUUUUUUUGUCGAGUUGAAGUUGAUGAUCGACAACUGAUGUGCAUAGUUCAUUUUUAGUCUUGUUGUUAAGGCUCAAACUUCAUUGGUCAUUGCUUGGGGUUGGGGUUGGUCACUGAGAUCGAAGAGGCGACCCCUUGAGAGAACAGGGGAAAACGAAGGGAAAAGGGGAGCGCUUUGAAGGUGGUAUCUUCCGUUCAGCAUCUGUGACCACUGACUGCUUGUCUCUAAUGUUGGUCACAAAAAGUAGAAAUAGAAGAAGAAACGAGAUUCGCAUGAUACACGACAUGAAGAUCACAGAUGCAGGAAGAUUGUUGCAUGAGGAAGACGAAGAGUCAGUAGAGUAUGGAUAAAAGAUGAUCAUGCACAGAGGCUUUUUCGAAAAAGUGAAUGAUGCAAGGACCACAUAACAAUGAAGAGACGAAGUUCUAUGUAUAUGUGUUAAGAUUUUUCAACAAGCCAGUGCCAGUGAAAGUGAAUGAUGCAAAGACUAAGCGUCGAUGAAGCGACAAACGUAUGGAGAAGAUUUUUCAACAACAACCCAGUGAAUGACGAAGGAAAGCAUAGUCAGACGAAAGCGCUGAAGCAGAAAUACUAGAGUCAGACGGCAGAGAGAUAGUGUGCAUGAUAGAAUAUCAAUAUUCUUGGACUUUUUCAAAAUGCGACCUGUACCUUUUAGCGAAAGGCAAGUUCAUACGAAGCUACAACCUCGUUCUACUUCUACUCAUGUUCAUCAUGAUCCCAUUUCGUCCAUAUAGAGAAUGUACUACAUCAGCUUGAAAUCAUGAUAUGCAUCACUCAGCAUGUGUACAGAAGGUGUUACUUUUCAUAGACAUGAUGAUACAAAUGAACCACAUUUCGAACUACACCCUGUCCUUGUCUUUCCUCAAACAGCGCGAAGACUAUGACGAAGAAGCAAGAACUUAGAAAAGUGAGCAGAC